AUGCUGAUUUUGCUCCAACAGGUGGAACCGAAGCCUGGGGACCUGAUUGAGAUUUCCCGCUUCGGAUACCGGCACUGGGCCCUCUACGUGGGCUACGGAUAUGUCAUCCACUUAGCUCCCCCCAGUGAGUUCACCAAAACUGGAUUCUCCAGCCUGAUGUCCAUGGUGGCUGAUAAAGCCAUGGUGAGAAAGGAACCCCUCUGGGCAGUGGUGAAAGGCGAUGACUACCGGGUCAACAACAAGCACGAUGGGAAGCUGCCCCGUCGGAGUGUGGACCAGAUUAUCCAGGAAGCAGAGUCUCUGGUGGGGAAGACGAUGCCAUACAGUGUCACCAGUGAGAAUUGCGAGAACUUCGUCACCAAGCUGCGCUACGGUGUGGCUAGGAGUGACCAGGUCCGAGAUGCCAUGGUUGCAGGGGCAGUGGGAAUCGUGGGCGUAGGAGCCCUUGUGGCAGUUGCUACAUUCAUUGGCGCAUUGCUCUCUGACAACAAGCAGGAGGAUGAAUAA